AUGGCCGCAAACGUGCAGCAACAAGAAACCAGCGGCACGCUGGAGGAUUUUGUGCCACGCGAUUACCAGGAGCAAAUGAAGGAUGUGUGUUUGGAGAAAAACACAAUCAUCUAUCUGCCGACCGGUGCAGGCAAAACCUAUAUUGCGCUGAUGGUGAUGCGAGAUCUGUGUUAUCAGCUGAAAAACUCCAUCUCGAGCGGCGGCAAACGAACAUUCUUUCUGGCCAACACGGUGACGCUGGCCAAGCAGCAGGUACAGUUCUUCAGCCGCUUGCUCCCGUUCCAGGUGCGUUUGUACACCAGUGAGGUGAACGUGGACGCCUGGAAGAGUGACCGGUGGAUGCAAGAGUUCGCCGAAGUACAGAUAUUUGUGUGCACAGCACAAAUCUUGCUCGAUGUUCUGCGCCACGGCUAUCUCAGCCCUGCGAACAUCAAUUUGAUCGUGUUUGACGAAUGCCACCGAGCGACCGGACAGCAUCCGAUGCACGCGAUCAUGAAGGAGGUGGUUACGAUACCGAAGAGUUGUCAGCCACGGAUUAUUGGCCUUUCCGGCACGCUGCUCUUCCGGGAGCUGAAGAGCAGCGACGCCGUACCCGAGGAACUCGAGCGGCUCGAAAACGUGUUCUGCUCCACGAUUGCGACGGUCGGUAGCUACGAUCAGUACACCGCCAUGUGUAGCUUCUCGACCAACGCAAAAGAAGUCCUGUGCAGCUACGCCAAAAGCUAUACCAAAGACGUGCCCGUAGUGAAAACGUGCGCCAGUAUGGUCAUGGCCUUUGUCGAACAGAUCGAGAAAGUGAAUCUGCCAAAAUACAAAACUCAAUCGCAGCACACGCUGAAGCGAACAGCAGCAAAGCCGGUGAAGACGAUCAAACGGCUGCUAACGGAAUUUCUGCUACAGAUUGAGGAGCUCGGAAUUUUCGGCGGCUCGAUCGCCAUCCUGGGAGUGAUCGUGCAGUUCGAGCUAGACAAGCGUUGCGCUGAGAGCACCCACGAACGGCACCUGUAUCGCUGCGCGAUCACCUUGUGUGAGGAGUUGCGCCAUAUACUGGUGAACGUGAUGAAGGGACUAACGGAACAGGAACAAAUCAAGCAAUUUUCAUCCGACCACCUCCGUCAGUUGAUACUCUAUCUGGAGCGUGAGUACACGAGUGCUGCCGAUUUGAAGAAACAAUCGAUACUGUUUGUGAAGCGUCGCUUUUCCGCGAAAGUGCUGUACCACAUACUGAAGAAAUACUUCGAACUAAGCGGAAACGACGUCGUCCGCUCAGAGUUUAUCGUUGGGGUGAACCGAGGACUGACGGAGUCUAUUGAACUAAUCCUCACGACUAAACAGGACCGGCGGGUGCUUCAUAAGUUCUGCAAGUACCAGAUAAACGUGCUCUGUGCUACCAACGUCCUGGAGGAAGGUAUCGAUCUGCAGAUGUGCAACAUUGUGAUCAUGUUCGACGAACCGUCCUCGUACAGCUCGUACAUGCAAUCGAAAGGUCGGGCACGCAUGAAAGACAGUAACUACGUGAUGAUGGUCAUGCAGGAUAAUCGGACCAAAUUUUUACAACGCUUGACACUGUACCACCAAAUCGAGGCAAAGCUCAAGGGUGUCUUGAUCGGCAAAACGAUCAAUCGUCCCGCACCACUGGAGCAGGAUGUGCGCAAAGAGCUACUGGAGGCUGAUUUGAUUGCACCGUUUUUGACACCGGCCGGUGCCAAGCUGGAUAUGCUGUCGGCCAUCCAGCUACUCAAUCGGUACAGUAUGGGUCUACCGCACGACCUCUUCACCGAUUCUCAGGUGGUCUGGGAGCGGUUUGAUUUGCGCGACCAAAAAGUUUACGCCGCCGUUCAGCUACCGCUACAGUCAACGGUUCGUGAAAAAGUGUGCGGCGAGCCGAUGAAAAACAUAAAGAACGCCAAGCGGUCUGCCGCUUUCAAUGCCUGCAAGAAGCUGUACGAGGCGGGCGAACUGAACUUGCACUUGCUGCCGGUGUCGAUGAAGGAUAAGGUCAAUGAAUACAACGAUCAGUACUUCCAGCACUGGCGAUCCUUGAAUGUUGCUUCGGAUACGAGACUGGCCGGAACGGCUAAGAAUGUCCGGGGGCACAAAGUUCGCUUUCCGGUCGAAACGGUAGACUGUACGCCACAGGCUGAGUCGGAGUCGGAGUGUUACGUCUACGUCGUGCGCAUGCGCGCUCAUUUCGAAGCGAGUAAGCGGAUCGAAAGCGUCCAUCUAGUCAACGACUUGUACAAUACGGGCAAUACCUUUGGUAUAAUGACCCGCAAACCGUUGCCGUCGUUGGCAAGGAUGAAACUGUUCGUUACGCUCGGCACGGUCGUGGUGGAUGUGAUGUCCGUUCCUCUUCGAAUCAAACUAAUCGACGAUCAGCUUGGAAAGCUGAAGCGCUUCCAUUUGCUGCUGUUCCGCAGUGUUCUGCGCGUCUGGAAGCCGUUUGCGGCCAUGGACGUGGAGGGCGAAGAGAACGGAUUCCUGAUCGUACCGUUGGCCGAUUCGGCGACGCUCGAUUGGGAGCUAGUGAACCGGUUUCCUUCGCUGCGACCGGCGCGGGAAAUCAAUACGCGCGACCGGCAGCGGAUGGUGUUCGAGCCGGAGCGGUACCUGUACCGGGUGAUUCAUCCCUGGUACAAGAACGAUCCGUCGCAGCACUACGUGGUGCUGAAGGUGCACGAAGAGUUGACGCCGGCCAGCCCGUUUCCGAACGCCCAGUUCCGCUCGUUUGAGGAAUAUUUCACCGUGCAGCACAACCAGGUUGUGGUCCGACAGAGCGACCAGUUUCUGAUCGAGGUGAAGGGAAUCUCUUCGAACCUUAAUCUCCUGCAUCCCGGCGCAGAGCAGGACGGAAGCAGCAAGCGCGCCAAGCACUGGGAGUUUCAGGAGCUGCUGCUACCGGAGCUGUGCCACAACUACGAGUUUCCGGCCGACUACUGGUUAAAGGCGACGCUGCUACCGAGCGUGCUGCAUCGGGUGCACUAUCUGUUGCUGGCCGAAGCGAUACGCUGCGAUCUGGCCCGCAGCGUACAGAUCGGGGCGGAGCAAUGCGACCGGAUCGAGGAGCUGACAGUGGAUCGGGAAAUCGCUCUCGUUGUGCAGAAAGCCGACGCACACCAGGUGUUUGGCGAUAGUUUUGAGGACGAGAGCACCAGCGAUGAAGAAGAAGAAGGCGAUGAGGACGAGCAUAAGAAAGAGGAUGCGCUGCGGGGCGAAAAGUUGAGCGAGUUGCUGCAGAACCUGAACAUGAACCCGUCGAUAGAGGAGCUCGUCUACCCGUGGAAGGAAGAAGAGCAACCGCUCGAUCUCGACCGCCAAUGGUGCGAUACCGGUGCGAUCGACAUUGAUUAUUACAUCGAUUUUGUCGGGAAACAUCAAUCACAGGUUACCGGAAUCGCCGAGAAAGCUAAUCUUUGCCUCACAGAACAAGACAAUGUAGAGGCUCUGAACCUAAGGCACGACGACAACACGACCAGUUGGCGACACGGCGACGAUGGCCAGAGAGCUUCCGCCAUUCCCGUCCGGCCGGCCAUCCAGGAUGGGUUUGGGAGUCCGGGCGAAAUUAAAAUUCUAAAACUGACGCUCGAAAAUACGGCGCACGUGUGCCUACAGCAGGGCGACAUCCUGCAGGCACUGACCACGAAGAACUCGCACGAUGUGUUCAAUCUCGAGCGCUUUGAGCUGCUGGGAGACGUGUUUCUGAAGUUCUCCGUGUCGGUGUUUGUCCUUUUCAAGCACAGCAACUGGCACGAGGGCUAUUUGACGACUUGCAAGGGUCGUAUGGUGAGUAACCGCAAUCUGCUGUACUGUGCGAUGAACUACGGGUUACCGGGCAUGCUGAAGGUGCACCGGUUUGAUCCGAGAAACGACUGGAUUCCGCCACUGGCCGUCGUUCCGAAGCCGAUUCGGGAGGCGAUGCUCGAGGCCAAGGAAACGCCCGCCCUUCUGUACAGUCUGAGCCUAAACGAGGAAGAGGUUCAAACGGGCCAGGUCCAAGUGUCCACGGUGGAAGCGUUUUUGCCGUUGAUCACGAGGAACGAAACACAGGCCCGCUCGACGCUGGAGGCCGUGCUGCAGCAGGUGCACAUACCGGACAAGAUGGUGGCCGACUCGAUGGAAGCGCUGCUCGGGGUGUGCGUCAAAUCGGUAGGCUACGAACGGUCGUUCCGCUUUCUGCAGCACUUCAACAUCGUACCGCGCGACGCCGACAUAGCCCAGUUGCUGCGUACCCACAAGUUCCCGGUGGGCAGUUACGAGGCGGCACGCGAAACGAUCGAUCAGAUGCUGUGCGAUCCGGAUACCAUCGAACGGGUGCUGGACUAUCGGUUCCGCAAUCGCACGUUACUGCUGCAAGCCUUCACGCACGCCACGUACAGCGGAAACACGCUGACCGGCUCGUACCAGCAGCUCGAGUUUCUGGGCGAUGCCGUCCUCGAUUUUCUCGUCACAUUAUAUAUCUUCGAGCGAAAUCCGACGAUGUCACCCGGUACGCUGACCGAUCUGCGGUCCGCACUGGUGAACAACGUCACUCUGGCCUGCGUGCUGGUGCGCUGCAAGUUACACCGGUACAUUCUGUCCCGGUCGCCCAUGCUCACCGAUACGAUCGAUCGGUUCGUGGAGGUGCAAAACGCAAAGCAGAACAAGAUCGGCGACUGGGUGCGGCUGCUGACGGAAGAAUCGGACACGCCGCUCGUCGAGUACGUCGACGUGCCGAAGGUUCUGGGCGAUGUGUUUGAAGCCCUGAUCGGUGCAAUCUAUCUCGACAGCGGUUGCGAUCUCCUAUGCACCUGGCGCGUUUGCUACGCGCUCCUGCGAAAAGAGAUCAACAAUUUUACGCUGGACACGCCGAUCCAGGUCGUGCGCCAACUGUACGAACAUCCGGGCGCCGACCCACACUUCAGUGCGCCACGUGUCGAGGACGAGGUGGUGAUCGUGAAGCUCACGUACAACCUGCGCAACCAGCGCAUGAAGGUGUACGGUUGCGGUCAAAACAAGGAGGACGCCCGGCGAGCAGCGGCCAAACUUGCCCUGAGCAAGUUGUGCAACUAG